AUUAUUAUAUUCUACAAUCAUUGCCAAAAGCCCAAAAUUCCCACUAUUAUAUUCCUAUUUUCUAUUACCAAUCAGGUCCGCCGCCGCCGCUCUAAUGGCCGACGAAAGCAGCGUGGUCAAGCCGUCAAGCCCAGCCUUGCCGUUAAAAGAUCGAGUCGCCAUCGUCACCGGCUCGUCGCGAGGAAUCGGCAAAGCCAUCGCCCUCCAUUUGUCUUCGCUCGGUGCUAAACUCGUCGUCAAUUACACCGCAAACUCAGAUCAGGCCAACGCCGUCGUCUCCCAACUCAAUUCAUCGGCCGAUUCGCCGCGGGCAAUCGCCGUCAGAGCCGACGUGUCCGACCCGGCCCAAGUGAAGGCCCUCUUCGACGCGGCCGAGUCGGCUUUCAACUCGCCGGUCCACAUCCUGGUCAACUCAGCCGGCGUCCUGGACGCCAAGUACCCUUCUCUCGCCGACACCGCGAUCGAGGAUUUCGAUAGGACCUUCAACAUCAACACGCGCGGCGCGUUCGUCUGUUGCAAGGAAGCUGCGAACAGAAUCACCCGCGGCGGCGGCGGGAGGAUUAUCUGCCUCACUUCCUCCACGACGGCGGCGCUGAGGCCCGGCUUCGGCGCGUACGCCGCCUCAAAAGCGGCGGUGGAAGCGAUGGUGAAGAUUCUGGCUAAAGAGCUGAAAGGGACGGGGAUCACCGCCAACUGCGUGGCGCCGGGGCCGGUGGCGACGGAGAUGUUCUUCGAGGGGAAAUCGGAGGAGGUAAUACAGAGGGUAAUAGACGAGAGCCCCUUGGGUAGACUUGGGACGACGGAGGACAUAGCUCCGGUGGUUGCGUUCUUGGCCGGUGACGGCGGCGGGUGGGUCAACGGGCAGACUAUUCGAGUCAAUGGUGGCUAUGUGUAGUAGAAGAGAAGGAAGGAAAUUUUACAAGGUGUUUGGUGGGAGGAUGGAAUAAGGGUAAAAAUAAAUUGUAAUUUGAUGGAGUGCAAAAAUAAUAAGAUGAAAAUAAUGAAAUGUUUUAAUUACAUUACCUCGUAUCCUGUUUCUUUGUCGAAUUAUAGGGAGUAGUGAUUGUACCAUCUUGAUUUUUUAUGUAAUGUUCUCCAUUUGAAUUUGAGUUAAUGUAAAUGUUAUGUUUGUUG